AUGGCGGCUAGUGCGACCCUCGACCGGAUGCCAGUCAUCCCUGAGGAAAAGGAGGACGAGGAAUGGGAGGAUGCCAGCUCCUCCUCGGACGACAACCAUAUCGAAGGUAGCCAAGAUGGCAAAAGCGACGACAAUGACGGAGACGACGAACACAUUCUGCCUCCUCCAGAGCUCCUCUUAUCCCACGAGACGGCUCGAGCCCCCUCUCCUCCCGCCCAUGCGCCGCGCCACCGCCUCCUGUACCGUUCGCAAGGAUGGGAUACCCAGAUCUACAUGCUCAAGAACGGCAAAGUCCUCAAGGAGCGCGCGUCGUAUCCCAAACUCAGCCAGGGCUACUUCGGCGCCGACGCAAUGAGCCAUGUGCUCCGGCACUGGUCCCGCGUGCUGCCCGAGCAGCUCCAGGAGAUUCUCGGCCCCGACCACCCGUACCUCGCGCGCGUCGCCGUCGCCAUGGCGCCCCGCCAGCGCAUGCUCAUCCGCGGCAGCGACGACUCGGAUCACCUCCCCGAUCAGCUCAUCGAGUCGAUCCCCAAGAUGCAAGGCCGGCUCGUCAUGGAUCGCGUGCGACCGGUCAAGCCGACCGUCGUCCGCGUCCUCAUCGAAGAGAUCGUUGGCCCCGAGCACCGGCGUAGGGCCUACACAACACCCGAAAACUUCAGCCUCCACCCCAAGGCCUGGCUCGGCUUCGAGCAGCCGCCGGCGGUCCGCGACAUGCUGCGAAACUAUCCGAACCUCACGGUGCGGCCCGCGUAUCUCGACCAGCUCGUCAAGUUCAUCGGACGGCGCGGGGUCCUCGAGCUCGCGAGGGAGAUGGGUACGGCGCUGGCGGUGAUCCACUACGACCUCAACAAGGACGCCCACUACGUCAAGUUCCGGCUCGGCUACAACCACGUGCUCGACAGGGUCCACCUCUGGCUGUGCGGGCUGGGCAGCAUGGGGGACCUCAAGGUCAACGACGCGGGCGACGGCUUCGUGGGAGAUCCUGCUGGUUAUGUCUAG